AGGCAUUGUGGGUGGGACUCGAGCUCAUUAUCUUGAAGAAAGAAAAAAAAAGACAAUAAUAAUAAUAAUAAUAAAACUACGUUUCCCAAGCUGCUGGCUUCUCCUUCCCAUUCGUUUGAACAUUUCGCAGAUAUUCUGUGUACGUUUCUCGUGGAAAGCUGAGGAGGACGCCGGCGUCGACGGUCGACGGUCGACGGUCGCCAUGGCGCCGGACGGAGCGCAGCCACAAACCUUGCGGGCCAAAUUUGCUGCAGCGGUGAAAGUCAUCUGCAGCUUGCCCAAACAAGGUCCCUUCCAGCUGUCGGAUGACAUGAUGCUGAUGUUUUAUAGUUACUACAAGCAAGCCACCGUGGGGCCUUGCACCUUCGCGAGACCCACCGGCUUCUGGGAUUCACAUCAAAAAAACAAAUGGGACGCGUGGAGCUCCUUGGGAAACAUGACAAAGGAAGAAGCCAUGAAGAAUUAUGUUGAAAACAUCCAGCUGAUUUUGGAGACCAUGCCAAUCUCAAACGAGGUUUCUGACUUGGUGCAGCAGCUUGGCGACUUCGUCCCGGAAGAGGAAGAGGAAGAGGAAGAGGAUACCUCCGAGGAGAGGGAGCUGGACAGAAGACCUUUUGCGACGCAAGCAGGUGGAAAAGCUCAUCAGGAGCCAGAGAAAUGCAAAUAUUUCUUUUGUCUUUGCAUUCGGUGCACUUCCCAGUCACUUUUCUCUUUUAUCAGCAGAGGUGUUUGGUCCAAAGGAACCUGCGAUGGAAGGCAAGCACAUUUCCCGACAAGCUACGGAGAUCUCUGGGAUGAUAUACAAAACGUCCACGAUGAAGAAGGUGGCGUGGGUUUUAACGGACGGGAGGCGGGAGGGUGCGACCGUGGUCGCGAAACUCCGAGAAAAGACGAAAGUAGCGAAGACGACAGGACAGACGAUGAAGACAAGGUGGAUGGAAAAGGGCGGAGGCUGCCCGCGGCGGAGGACACGGCGUGGCGGCGCUACGCCGCAGGGUCCGGCAGCAGUUCGGAGCCCAGCGUGUCCUCGUUGACCAACGGGAAUCGCAGCUCCCUGAACAGUGAGGCGGAGGAGGAGGAGCUGGCCUGCUCCAAAGAGUUCAGCACGCGCAGCCCCGUCUGCCUGCACUUUUGGGGACACGCCGCAGAUGGCAACGUUGCUGUGAAGAAGAGCUGCCACCUGGCAGACUCGGACAAUGAGGAGUUCUGCGAUUCAAUGGAUCAUCCAGCCACGGAGAAGAUUGCGGCUGCAGCCAAAAUCCACUCGGGUGGAUCAGCAACUGCUUUGGUGACAGAACAAGAUCUUUGGUUUGAGAGCUCCUCCACCCUAAAAAUAGAAGACUCUUCACACCAUGGAGAUUCUUACCAUAGAGAAUCUCACGAGUUUGUUAGAGAUCGUCAGUCACCGAAGACCACGUGCAGUUCCCAGCAGUGCUUCUGUACCUACAAUGGCACCCGGCCCAGGGGGGACGUCGACGAGCAAAUAGUCGCGGCUCUCGCCAGACUCCAGGACGACAUGGCCGACGCCCUGCGUCGACUUCGCGCUUUAGAGGUCCUCGCUGUGGCACAGUCAAGCUCAUCAUCAAGGUGUGCAGAUUCUCCAGCUGCAGCGCAAAAGUUUUUGACACCAUCUUGGUGGCCGUUCGACCGUUGUCCGAUUGCCGUUGUGGUGACGGCGCUUUGGCCCGCAGUGGUGUACGUCCUGGUCCAGCUUUAUUCACAGCGAAAGAGACGGAAAAUCACUUGAAUAAAUUGUUGCAUUGAAUCAUCAUGACGCGCGGGUGGAAUGGCGGCACUCUUCUUUCUCUGCCACAUGAGGGGUCAUGAAGGAAAUAUACGGAGGAAGUCAACGUGAACAAAAGUCCACAUUUGAAAAGUGCUCGAUCAAGCUUCACUUGGUAUUACGCAAGAGCGCUUAUCUGAAGAACUGAGAAAAACCGCAAAUGGAUUUUUUUCAUCCUUGAGGAUCACAGUUCAUUUCUCCCAAAGAACCUUUGUAUGCAAGUGUAUUCAAUUUCACAAUUAUGUUUAAUGGAAUAAAGUCAAGAUCAUUUA